UAUAUUGACGGGACGGGUAGACAGACAAUGAUGCCCAGCUGGAUUUCAUUCCUAUUUUCAUCAGUUUACAUACUCGAGAGAUAGGAGAUUCCGUGACGAAAACCUGUUUGGUACACGUCCCGUACACAACAAUCGCUCGUCCACGUUGACCACACGGCUAUAAAAGGAGGACGAUCAUCACACCGUAUUUGUCAGUCGUGCAACAGCAGCAGCAGCAGUCAGGAUGGCUAACAUUCCUCCGAAAAAAUUUGUGGAGGCGAUUCCCAACGUUCAAGUUGGAACACCGGUCGAUCCACCCCCACAGGAACAUCUGAGCGAGAAGGAACGUUCAUGGCAAGGUUAUCCUUACCGCCCUUGGGACCCUGAAUUGGUUGCUCAUCGGAGACGCGCGCAUGAUAUUAAUCGUCGCUUUAAUGACACCCCAUCCGACGCGGUGGCGCAAAGAAGGGAAAUUAUUAAUGAAUACUUUCACCCAGAUUGCAAGGAUAGGCCGAGUAUUUAUAUAGAACCACCAUUUCGUUGCGAUUAUGGCUACAAUGUCCGCGUGGGCAACAACUUUUAUGCGAACUGGGACUGCGUCAUCCUGGACUCGGCGCCGGUCGAUAUUGGCGACGAUUGUCUGCUCGCGCCUGGUGUCCACAUGUACACCGCGACACAUCCCGUCGACCCGGUGCCGAGAAGGGAACCAAAUUCCCCGACCUAUUACGAGUUGGCAUUUCCUAUAAAAAUCGGGAACACUUGUUGGAUCGGGGGACGCUCCGUGAUCUGUCCGGGGGUCACGAUUGGGGACAAUGUCGUCGUGGGGGCGGGAUCCGUGGUGACGAAGGACGUUCCAAGCAAUGUCGUCGUAGCUGGAAACCCUGCCAAAAUUAUUAGAUAUCUCGACGGGGCCGAAGUACCGCCACAUAUUGCGAAUAAGAACAAGAAGUAGUCGAUUUUGGAAAUUAUAAAUUCCCAAUAAUGCAAUUUUAUUGUUAAUAAGUUGUUAUAUAUGAAGGAGUAAAACAAGUUGGAAAAAUUGUUUAAAAAUUAA